GCCGUCCCAGUCGAGUCGGCACGUCCAGCUGAACCACCCGCCCCUGGCCAGCACACCGCUCUAGCCGCGUCUUCGUGGUCCACCCGCGGCCCGCCUCCAGGCCACCGCUCGCCGCCACCAUACAGCUGGUUCUUCGUCCCGCUUUUGCAUGCCGCAGCUAGGUCCCUGCACCCCGAUGCAAUCCAACAAUGGGAAGCCCACCCCUUUUACGGCCGGUUGUGGGCGGAUGCCCUAGCAAACCUGCAGCUCGCGCCAGCAGUCCCAGUUGCCACCCUAGCCACGGCCGUGCAAACCCUUCAGGAUGUCUAUGCCAGGGAAGGUCGCCAGCUCUCAGCCUUCGAAGCCGCACUCCCCGCCGUCCUCGCAGCCCUGGUCGAGGGCCUGCCGGCGGGCACUCUCGCUCACCUCAAUUGGGUUCUCCCGCGGGUCACAGACACUAACGGUUACGUGCCGGCCUCCGCCCAAGAGGCCUUGCUUGAAAAUUACCUCGGCAGUGGGCCAGCAACCGCACUCACCGCAGCUCUUGAAGAAAGUCUACGCACCAGCCCUGAGUCACCUCUACCUGCACAGGUCACGCCGCCCUCUCCCCGUGCUGUCGCUGGCAAUGCAGCCAGCCCCGCGCCCGCCUCGCCCGGUGAUGCCCAAGCGCCUGGCACUCAGUCACCUGCCCCCCCGCCGGCCCGCAGCGCCGCUGGCCUGCAAGGCCGACAACUCAGCGCAGCACUUGCGACCCUGGAUGCUGUCGACGCCACGGCCGUCUUGCGUCAGCCUUGCCCGUUGUUCCGUUCGCCGCCCGCCUUUGUUAAAGGCCCACUGCGGCAAGCACUGCAUUUUGCGCUCACGCAAUUACUCAAUGCCGCGAGCGAGCCUGCCGGCAUCGAUGCUCAGAGAGCGUGGAAACUCUGGCUGUUGCUCCCUCGCAUGUUGCUCUUCAGGCCAUCUGCAGCACCCCGUGUCCCAAAGCCUGAGCUCCGUGCACCCGUGGCCAAUGGCCGGCACGGCUCGAUGAUUCAGCUGCGGCUGCCAGCGUUCCAGCCCGGCGGGCGGUCACACGCCCUCCUAGCCCCUCCGUUGGCCCCAGCUGACGAGGCCACCCUUCAAGCAUUGCAGGACCCCUCCCGCAGACCGCCUCAGCCGUAUGUUCCCUUGGAUCCGGACAUCCUCGCUUUCAGUCCGGAUGUGCCACUCGCACUUUCCCGCGAGAUCCUCAUCUCGAACCUCCGGCGAUCCCGCCGCGGGGCGGCCCCAGGCCCUUCAGGCUACACUGCUGAGAUCCUCCGCCCUUUGCUGGACGACCCAGCGGCUUUGGAAGCCCUGCAUGCCGUUGCCGAGCUGCUCGCCCGUGCCCUGUUGCCAACCUCAGCCGCCUCCGCGCUCGGCCUCGGCCGCAUCGUCGCUGUUAGCAAGCCCGCUGGCGGGGUGCGGGGCAUCGUUGUCGGCGACUUCCUGCGUGCGCAGCACCGCACUCUCCUCGAGCUCCUCCCCACACUCCCAGACCUACAGGUAGCCUGGCUUUUGUUGCUCUACUGCGCGUGCCCCCGGGCACAGUAUGUGCUGCGCAUCCUUCCGCCCGCCCUCACCGCAGCAUUCGCAGCCGAGCAUGACCACCGCAUCCUCAGUUGCUUGGCGCAACUCCUGCAAGUUGAGGCCUCCUCCGACUCCCCGCUGCCGGCUCUCGUCGCCCGUCGG